GAACCAUUUGAACAGUAGUUUUGCUGAGCGCGUAUUACGGAGGCGUUUCGUUUAUGAUCUGGCAAUAAAGAUGGAUCGGAAGGCAGCAAAUUUUGUUCACUCACAAGCCGUUUCUAGAGACUACAUAUCACAGCCUCGUAUAACCUACAAAACCGUCUCAGGAGUAAAUGGACCUCUCGUCAUACUUGAUGAUGUAAAAUUUCCUAAAUUUGAUGAGAUUGUGAGACUAACUCUUGCUGAUGGCAGUCAGCGAACAGGACAAGUUUUGGAAGUUUGCGGCAAAAGGGCCAUAGUCCAGGUAUUCGAGGGUACUAGCGGUAUUGAUGCAAAAAACACUGUAUGUGAAUUUACAGGAGAUAUCCUUCGUACACCUGUGUCAGAAGAUAUGUUAGGUCGUAUAUUCAAUGGUUCUGGAAAACCGAAAGACAAAGGUCCAGCAAUCCUUGCAGAAGAUUACCUCGACAUUCAGGGUCAACCAAUAAACCCUUGGUCACGCAUUUAUCCAGAAGAAAUGAUCCAAACUGGCAUAUCAAGUAUCGAUGUGAUGAACUCGAUUGCACGUGGCCAAAAAAUCCCCAUAUUUUCCGCUUCUGGUCUACCGCACGAUGAAAUUGCUGCCCAAAUAUGUCGUCAAGCUGGUCUAGUCAAGUUACCCGGAAAAAGCGUUAUAGAUAGUGAUGUAGACAAUUUCGCGAUUGUAUUCGCAGCAAUGGGUGUUAAUAUGGAGACUGCUCGGUUUUUCAUGCAAGAUUUUAAGGAAAAUGGUUCAAUGGAGAAUGUGUGUCUGUUUCUAAAUUUGGCGAAUGAUCCAACUAUCGAGCGCAUUAUAACACCUCGAAUCGCUCUUACAACAGCCGAAUAUUUGGCUUAUCAAUGUGAAAAGCAUGUGUUGGUUAUCCUUACCGAUAUGAGUUCAUAUGCAGAAGCAUUGCGUGAGGUAUCGGCAGCUCGUGAAGAAGUACCAGGACGUCGUGGUUUCCCGGGUUAUAUGUACACUGAUUUGGCUUCAAUUUACGAGCGAGCUGGUCGGGUUGAAGGUCGCUCAGGGUCAAUCACACAGAUUCCAAUUUUAACUAUGCCUAAUGAUGAUAUUACUCAUCCUAUUCCUGACUUAACAGGUUAUAUUACAGAGGGUCAAAUUUAUGUUGAUCGUCAAUUACAUAACAGACAGAUCUAUCCUCCAAUCAAUGUGUUACCGUCGUUGUCACGUCUGAUGAAAUCUGCCAUCGGUGUGAAUAUGACUCGUGAAGAUCAUUCUGAUGUGUCCAAUCAGUUGGUAAGUUUUUUGUUUACCUAAAUUUUUGGUUAGUGUGCUUACGGAGGUGAUGAUGAGCUGAGUCGGUUUCUCUAAUUUACUGUGAAAAAUUCAGUGUUGAAACAGUUACGACCAAUGUUGAUGAGGAGUUUAUGUGGUAGAGAAUAACGCUAUUCAGUUGAAUACUCAUCAAAGAAAUUCUAUAAAGGUAAAAUAUCACUUACAGAUAUUCUGGAAAACCAAAUCGAAGCUAUUGAUAGGUUUUUUAUUCAUUGGUUAAUACCGUAACGUGAUAUCUACUCUUUGUAUUCGAAAGGAUUGUUAGUAUUAUAUAGAGCGUUUUCAAUCAUAAUGGGGAUCAUGAUUAAAUGAAUGGUAUCGUCCUAAAACAUCGGCUUGGUGAUGCAUCGCAAAACUCGUCUCAAAGUUUUACAUUAAAAACUGACACUGGCACUAACUGUUGACAGAGCGAUGGUUCAUCUGUUACCAUCUUCCGUAACUGUAAAAAGUAACUAUACUUAUAAGAUAUUCAUUGACCCAUCGAGGUUCCUUUUAUCAAACCGCUCAGUGACUUGAGCUGUUCGUGAUUGAACCCAGUAGCCGUCUUAUCGUAAUUCACUAUUUAAUCCUUUGAAAGACGGAAGACCUUCAAAAAACGUCUCAAAUCAUUGAAUUAUGUGUUCUGUUGAACGCCGUCCAAGGACUUAUGAUUUACAAACAUUUAUUUGGAUAUUGUUGUGAACUGAUCAUCUUUCCAAUUUUUCCCUCAAGCACUCGUCAGGGAUAUCCAACUUCAAGAGGCCUCAUUUUGCAACCUCAACAUAAAAUUGCUCACAUUCCAGGAUUGUCCCUACCUCCACAUAACUUGCUUGUGAAGCUCUCAAUUGUCAACUGUGUCCUAACUUUCCCGAAAGAAUGUUUGGUUUUAUCUCUUGCAACGUUGCUAGCUUUCACACAGCUUUUGAGUUACAUGGAUUUCUCGACUAUUUUAGAAACUUGAUUCUGAAGGAUAGAUAGGAACACAAGCUCUUCCUUUUGGGUACUGUAAGAAUUUGUAUAGGAGCUGUUGUUCAUUUCUAAUUAUUUAUUCUCUGUUGGGAACCACUCUUAUGGAUGCUAAACUUUCAGAAGCUAUACACAGUGUGAUUUGUCCACACAUAGUACGACUUUUAAUUCCAUAUAGUGAAUUUUUUUCAUGGGUGCUAAGUUUCACUACCAUUCAUUUAUCUUCAUAUUUGUAAUAUUUACGCAUUAAUAACUGAUCCUUCCAUUUUCUCUUCUUUAUUCUUUUUAUUAACAGUAUGCAUGUUACGCAAUAGGAAAGGAUGUCCAAGCAAUGAAAGCUGUUGUUGGUGAAGAAGCAUUAAGCCCAGAGGACUUACUUUAUUUAGAAUUCCUGACAAAGUUUGAGAAGAAUUUCAUUUCUCAAGGUGCUUAUGAAAACCGUAGUGUAUUUGACUCACUAGACGUCGGUUGGGAACUCUUGCGUAUAUUCCCGAAAGAAUUGUUGAAGCGAAUUCCGUCAAAAAUAUUGGAGAAAUACUAUCCUCGUUAAUUGGUUAGUUGAUUUACCCUGUUAUCCUCGAUUGUGAGUAUUCCUACCAUGGAAGUUGCGUUCUUUAUUGGUUGAAGUAAACUCGGAAUAACGUAUAUUAUCGUCAGCUUUUGCAUUCCUAUUUAUUUUCUUUCCUAGCGAUUAUCACUCAUAAUUUUCAUUGCCUAUAAUAUGUAUAAUGGUGGCAUUAUCCAUCCAUCAUCACAAAUUACUUACUCAUAAUUAUGAUUUGAUUUUGUUUAAAUGUUCAUUCCAUUUACGAAGUUUCCCACCAUAGUUUUCUACUACACUGUAUUUUCUCUGUUCUGGAUAUUCAAACACUUCGCUUCUCAUUUUUUCUUUACACAUUUCUAGAUACAUUAAAUCUUUCUAUCGUUUGAAUUUUUAAAAUAAACUGGAAGCAUAAUAUAAACACUAGUAGUUGAGGUAUCAUUUAAAUAGGGCUAUGGGUUUCAUUUUUUUUAUCUUUCAUUUGAUUUGAUUUUGUGCUCAUAACUUCUAAUUACCGAUAUUGAACAAUUAUGAUGAUAAUAAUAGUAAUAAUAUAUGUUCUUCACCAGUAAUGUCACUUAAAACAUGCAUACAUAGUAGGACCGUAAACAAAGCAAAAAUGAUACUUGCUCCGAAUGAUGAGAGAUGUGCCUUGUAGUACACAAUUCUGUUUUCCAAAUAGUUGAUAACUUACGGAUGUUUGAAUACUAGUGUACACUGACCACACACACACGCACACACACAUAGAUUGCUUUAAUUGCAUUGUGAAAGCUUUUUUUCACAGAAAGAGAGCGAACAAGUAGUUCGCAGUGAGAUAUGCAGUUUCGAAGACAGAAGCAUAUAAUCAGUUAUUGGAACUGUAAAAUUGGAAAUAAAACGUCAUUUUGACAAACAGACGAAGAGUUAGAGUGGAGGAAGCAAACCAGCCCACUGAAAAUAUUACUCUUUACAAGCGCUAGUAUAACUCAUACUGGACGAUACGUAGUGAGCCAAAGAAACAGAUUGGAUAAAAUGGUACGUGCAUAGAUACAUAAAGCACACAUUAGAUACAAAAAGUAGGAUUACAAAGACUGAGUUAUGAGAUAUAUGUGAAGGUACUGUAAUUAUUAUUGGUAGUAAAAGCAUUAGUACCAGUAGUAACAUUUGUUGUCGUUGUAUGAAAUGAAUCACGACUGGGAAGCAAUGCAAUGAUAUUUGACUAACAGUUUUAACACGAAUAACGAUUCCUUGUUUGAAUUUUUAAAGUUUUCGUCACAACCUAACAUUAGAUGCUCAACAAAAAUGUAUUUCCAAACGAAAUCCGACUGAUUUGUUCGUAUACUUCAUUGCUACUCAUUAUCUUUAAAGUUCCUUCUUUAUCUGCGUUCACAAGCCAAUUACUAACGUUGAAGUGUUGUGUGACAGACAUUCAGUCGAUCCGAGUUCCUAUUCGCUAAGUCGUACUAAAAGAGUCGUUCAUAAAUAGAAUUCACCGUGGACAACACUCAAACCUUAGUCAUUCUCGUUGAGAUUUAAUUGUGUGAACGUAAGCACCAGAAAUGAUUAUGUCUCACUUACAUUAAAACUACCCAAUGUAUGUUAUGGCUUACUAUCCCAUGGAUUACAUUGAUUCAUUUAUCACUGAGAAAUUUUGUCAGUAUUUUUUCACAUAUUCGAUUUUCAUUCAAUAAUAUAACAUAGUCAACUUGAAUAAAUUAUCCUCUUGUAAAUACUUGCUUAUCGAUGUUGUGAGCAGAACGUUUCAUUUUAUGAUUGUGUAUCGAAUUGUAAUUAAAAGAAUAUGGAUUUCAUUUUUAUUUUGUAUGUAUGUUUUUGUUUUCGAAAUAGUUCGAUAAACGUGAAUUCGACCAUUUUAAUUGUUUAUUUAUGUACUUUGAUUUCUAUGAAACGACAACAUAUAUCUACUUAUUUUACAUAAAUGAAACAAACUCACAAAAUGAUCAUCGCAAGUCAUGUAGCUAAGACCAAGAGUAGUAUAAUAAAUGGACUAUGAUUCAAAUACUUAUUCAGGUUAACAAUCAUGUUAUACAAACAUGUGUAAAUAUGGUUGCGUUACCAUUGAUAAUUGCUUGGUAUAGUUGACAAUAGCACUUAAAGUAAAGUUUUUCGUCGAUGAUUUUGGUCUGUGCUUAUUAUUCAU